UAGCCUUCUCUAUCUGUUUCCCACUUGCUCUCUUGAGUUGUUCAACUAAUAAAUGUCACCUUUUUCUUAUUCCUUUUGAUUCUUUAAUAAAAUUAUAUAUUUCAUCAUUAGUUCCUGGAUUGUAAUCCAGGAUUUUGCUCACUAGGGAUUCCAAGAUUUUUUAUUUUGAAACUCUGUGAAGAUUCACAUUUGAUAUAGAGUUUGGUUUAUCUAGUAUAGUGAUGGGGAAGUUAGGAGUGCAGAGCAUAUUAUUUGCAGUUAUCGUUCAGAUUCUAGUAAUAUCAGCAGCUGCUAACAUUAAGAAUUUGAAGAUAUGGCCGAUGCCACUAUCAGUUAGCUAUGGACAUAGGACUCUUCAACUUAGUAAUGAUUUUGUGCUCAAGACUGAAGGCAGCAAGUAUACUGAUGCCUCUGGAAUUCUUAAGGAAGGUUUUUCUAGGUUACUUGAUGUCGUUAAGGUAGCUCAUGUGGUUGACGCCAACUUCUCAUAUGCCGGCCCCUCUCCAGUGCUAAUGGGAAUUCAAGUGGUUGUCCUUUCUCCAAGUGAUGAGCUACAGUAUGGUGUUGAUGAGUCCUACAACUUGACCAUACCAGCACAUGGAAACCCAGCCUAUGCACAUUUGACGGCAAAAACAGUUUAUGGGGCUUUGCAUGGUUUGCAGACAUUUAGUCAAGUAUGCCAUUUUAACUUUACAACCAGAACAAUUGAAGUUCAUCAAGUUCCGUGGACCAUAGUUGAUCGACCAAGAUUCUCUUAUCGAGGGCUUUUAAUUGACUCUUCCCGUCACUAUCUGCCGUUGCCUGUGAUAUUGAAGGUUAUUGAUUCGAUGGCUUAUGCAAAACUGAAUGUGCUGCACUGGCACAUUGUAGAUACACAAUCAUUCCCACUUGAGAUACCUUCAUAUCCGAAACUGUGGAAUGGCGCUUACUCAAGUUCAGAGCGGUACACUGUAGCUGAUGCUGCUGAGAUUGUAAGAUAUGCAGGAAGACGUGGAAUCAAUGUAUUAGCUGAAUUAGACGUUCCAGGACAUGCUCAAUCUUGGGGUAAUGGUUAUCCUUCUUUAUGGCCGUCAAAAGAUUGUCAACAGCCACUUGACAUAAGCAAUGAUUUCACUUUCAAAGUAAUAGACGGAAUUCUCUCAGAUUUUAGCAAGAUAUUCAAGUACAGAUUUGUUCAUCUAGGAGGUGAUGAAGUGGAUACAAGUUGCUGGACGUUAACUCCUCGUCUAAGAAAGUGGUUGAAGCAAAACAAGUUGAAUGGAACCACUGCUUAUAAGUACUUCGUCUUGCGAGCACAGAAGAUAGCUUUAUCUCAUGGAUAUGAAAUUAUAAACUGGGAAGAGACGUUCAAUAACUUUGGAAAUAAGUUGAGCCCAAAAACUAUAGUUCACAACUGGCUCGGGGGCGGUGUUGCUCAGCAAGUAACUGCAGCUGGAUUGCGGUGCAUUGUUAGCAACCAGGACAAGUGGUAUUUGGACCAUAUAGAUACCACAUGGCAGGAUUUCUAUUCAAAUGAGCCACUAACUAAUAUUACAAAUCCCAAGCAACAACGGCUGGUUAUUGGGGGUGAGGUAUGUAUGUGGGGUGAGCAUAUUGAUGGAUCAAACAUCGAAACAACCAUAUGGCCUCGUGCAGCAGCAGCUGCAGAGAGGCUGUGGACUGCUUAUGACAACCUUGCCAAGAAUCCAAGUCAAGUUACUCGCAGGUUGGCUCAUUUUAGGUGCCUAUUGAAUCAAAGAGGAGUGGCUUCUGGUCCAUUAACCGGAGGCGGGCGAGCUGCACCAGAAGAUCCAGGUUCUUGCUAUCAGCAGUAGUUAUGUCUCAUUCAUUUAUCAAUACAUGUAGAAUAAGUUAGAAUCAUAUAUGUGGUUAUGCAUUAGAAAUUGUCGAUAUCAAUUGUAAGGCAACUCUCUCUCUGUUGUAGUUCUUUCAAGGAAAAUGGAAGUUAUGUCAGCCCAAUCUAUGAGUUCACUGGCA